UUCACGGAGGGCUGGUCUACGCUGAGUGAUGACGUCUCCUCAUUGGGCGGAAGGUUCGGUGGCAGUCGUCGGUGUUCCAGCUGGUGGGAGUUGGCUUCACGGUGCUGGGCGCUGGGCCCCUAGUUUAUGUAGCUGGGAAGUUGGGCUUCGGGGUCGCCCGUGUCCUUCUGCUUCCAGUGUUCCUGGGUUUCCUUCUGCGGCGUGGGGCCUCGCCACGGACUCGCCGGCCCUGUGGGGCCACGGCUUUAGUGGUGCCUUUUGCGAGUCAUAAGUAUAUCAUAAAACCUUCAAGAUGGUUCUAGCAGAUCUUGGAAGAAAAAUAACAUCAGCAUUACGCUCGUUGAGCAAUGCCACCAUUAUCAAUGAAGAGGUAUUAAAUGCUAUGCUAAAAGAAGUAUGUACCGCAUUAUUGGAAGCAGAUGUUAAUAUUAAACUAGUGAAGCAAUUAAGAGAAAAUGUAAAGUCUGCAAUUGAUCUUGAAGAAAUGGCAUCUGGUCUGAACAAAAGAAAAAUGAUCCAACAUGCUGUAUUUAAAGAACUUGUAAAGCUUGUAGACCCUGGAGUUAAAGCAUGGACACCAACUAAAGGAAAGCAGAAUGUAAUCAUGUUUGUUGGAUUGCAAGGGAGUGGUAAAACGACAACAUGUUCAAAGUUAGCAUAUUUUUACCAGAGAAAAGGUUGGAAGACCUGUUUGAUAUGUGCAGAUACAUUCAGAGCAGGUGCUUUUGACCAGCUGAAACAGAAUGCCACCAAAGCAAGAAUUCCAUUCUAUGGAAGCUAUACAGAAAUGGAUCCUGUCAUCAUUGCUUCUGAAGGAGUGGAGAAAUUCAAAAAUGAAAAUUUUGAAAUUAUUAUUGUUGAUACAAGUGGUCGGCACAAACAAGAAGAUUCUUUGUUUGAAGAAAUGCUUCAAGUUUCUAAUGCUAUACAACCAGAUAACAUUGUUUAUGUGAUGGAUGCAUCCAUUGGACAGGCUUGUGAGGCGCAGGCGAAGGCUUUUAAAGAUAAAGUAGAUGUAGCUUCAGUAAUAGUGACAAAACUUGAUGGUCAUGCAAAAGGAGGUGGCGCUCUCAGUGCAGUUGCUGCCACAAAAAGUCCAAUUAUUUUCAUUGGUACAGGGGAACAUAUAGAUGACUUUGAACCUUUCAAAACACAGCCUUUCAUCAGCAAACUUCUUGGUAUGGGUGACAUUGAAGGACUGAUAGAUAAAGUCAACGAGUUGAAGUUGGAUGAUAAUGAGGCACUUAUAGAGAAGCUGAAGCAUGGUCAGUUUACAUUACGAGACAUGUAUGAACAGUUUCAGAAUAUCAUGAAAAUGGGCCCAUUCAGUCAGAUCUUGGGGAUGAUUCCAGGUUUUGGAACAGAUUUUAUGAGCAAAGGAAAUGAACAGGAGUCAAUGGCAAGGCUAAAGAAAUUGAUGACAAUAAUGGAUAGUAUGAAUGAUCAAGAACUGGACAGUACAGAUGGUGCCAAGGUUUUUAGUAAGCAACCAGGCAGAAUCCAGAGAGUGGCCAGAGGGUCAGGUGUAUCAACAAGAGAUGUCCAAGAACUUCUGACGCAGUACACUAAGUUUGCACAGAUGGUGAAAAAGAUGGGCGGUAUCAAAGGACUUUUCAAAGGUGGUGAUAUGUCUAAGAAUGUGAGUCAGUCACAGAUGGCAAAAUUGAAUCAACAGAUGGCCAAAAUGAUGGAUCCACGAGUUCUUCAUCACAUGGUGUGUGACUUUCUUGGGGAGAAGAUUGCAUCUGUUUUGGGUAUCAGCACCCCAAAAUACCAGUAUGCCAUUGAUGAGUAUUACCGGAUGAAGAAAGAGGAGGAGGAGGAGGAAGAAGAAAAUAGGAUGUCUGAAGAAGCAGAAAGACAGUACCAACAGAACAAGUUGCAGGCUGAUUCCAUUGUACAGACAGAUCAGCCAGAAACAGUGGUGCCUAGUUCAUUUGUGAAUAUAAAUUUUGAAAUGGAGGAAGACUGUGAAGUAAUUAAGGAAAGCAAACAACAGCCAGCCUCUGUCCCACCAUAGAAUGAAAUGACAUAUAAAGCCUAAACAUCAAUCAGGAACUUUUUACAUUUUGUUUAGUGUGACUUAAAACAGCUAUUUAUAUUUUAAAUUAUUUAGGGGAAAUCUUUCUUCAUUCUUUCAAAGUCAUAUCUAAAGUUGGAAUGCCUUUAUGAGUAAAUAAGUGAUCACCCCCGCACCUCCAUGGUGGGGAGCAAGCCACAGGCUACUUUCAUGUAUACUAACCAAGUACCCUAGUGAUCACUAAGCCCCAGCACUUUGAUUUUAAAACAAUCUUCUAUAAAACAUAAGGACAUUUAGCUAGGCAUGAUAACACACACUAGGGAGGCAGGGGCUGGUGGUUCUGUAUGAAUUCAAGGCUCACCUGGUCAGCAUAAUAAGCUGCAGUCUAGGCAGUAAGACCCUGUCUCAAACCAAAAACUGAAGGCAUUGUACAUUAAAAGGAGAGUUAAAUUGUGAAGAUAUUUAGUUUUAGGGCAUUUGUUUUAAAAAUAAAGGUAAGUAUUGAUUACUCAUCUUUGGAGCUGAUAAUUCUAACAGCUUCAGAUUGAAGUGUCCUCCCAACAUUGUCUCAUGCCAUGCCUUCUUUGCAUUUAACAUACCUAACCAGUACUUUUACACUAAGGAUGGCUCAGAGUGUGUAAUAAAAGGAUCAAGAUGGAAGCACUAUGGAUUUCCUUUUGUUGAGAAUAUUUUAUGGAAAGUGUUGAAUGUACUACUGUAAAUAUUAAGAUGGGUUUUCACCUUCACUGCAAGUCACUCGUGUAUUUUCAGUAGUUAAUAGCUUGCUCUGAUCACAAAUUAACACUAGUUACUGAAUGAAUUUGUAGUUGUAGUCAGGUGUUGAUCCCUAGUGGCUACCCACAUGGCUGGCACCUUGGGUACACAUACUCAGUAGUUUUGUUCACCAUUGUGAAGUCACAGUAGUAAGUUGGACAGUUGAUGUGAACCAGGUUUGGCCCUUUCUCUCCUUACUAGGCUAUCAUUUACAAAGUUGUGUACUUUGAAUCUAAUUUUAAGAAAUAUUCCUAAAUAUGUGUUCAGAACCUUUUGUCUGUAUAACUUUGAUUUAUAACCAAAUAUGGAUAAAGAGAAAUGUGGACAAUGUUUUAGAUGCUGAUCUUUUAAAAGCCUUCUCAUAGCUUUUAGGAAUUAACACUUACAAACUGCCCUUCUAAGUAGCAUGACACUUUCCCUCUUCAAUUUGUGCAAUUCAUACAUGGAUAGGUGUAUUAUAGAGACCCGCCAGUGGACCUCUCAGUAAGUUAACGGAAAGCUGGAUUUUUAACUGACUAUGCAAAGUUUAAGUGAGAGCUUCAGUUGGACUGAAAUUUGUAAAGCUCAGCAAGUACGAAGUCUUCCCUGGAGUUGUGAGCAGUUGGUGAGCUCCCUUCAUGGGCUAAACUAUGUGACGCAGUCCUUAGAGGUUUAUCUUUAGAUUGUGUAGUUAGGGCCACUACAAUGCAGUUUACUAAAAUCCAGUCUUAGUUGAUAGUUGCUAAAACAUGCUGGCCUGACCUCUUCCUCUUGGUGCAGUGCUGACACCUCAGACACUUAUGAGGCCAAGGCAGGUGGGCUAGGGAGAUCACUAGAGUCUCUCCUGAAGUGCCAGUAUCUCAGAGUUUACACCACAGCUUGUGAUUACAGUAGAAGAGGAACCACCUGCAAAGGCUCAAGGUUUCCUCAGUUUACUUUUGCUGCUUGUUGGGCAGCAGCUGGUUUGUGACGUUUGGAGUUAUUCACUGUGCCUUAUAUUUUUAUACUUUGGUUUAUGCAAGUUAUAAAGUUUAUCAUAAAUGCACUAAACAGUUUGCUUUAUUUUAAGUCUCUGUCACCCCUUCCUACUUUCCAGCCCUGAGUAGAAUUAGUUUCCCCUCUGGAUCACACUCCAUGAUGUUCUAUUUUCUUUUGAAAUCCCUUUUUAUUAAAAAUUGAACAUAAGCCAGGAGUGGUGGUACACGCCUGUACUCUCAGCACUAGGGAGGCUGAGGUAGGAUCAUGAGUUGAAGGCUGGCCUAGACUACAUAUCAAGAUCCUUAUUUCAACAACAACAAAAAAUAACAAAAACCCAUAAAUGGAGGUUGGGGAUGCGGAGGGAGGGGAAGUGUGAUUGGUAUGUAAAAUGAAUAAAAUAUUUAAAAAGCAUAAAAACAUGAGGUAGUAUAAAGAAUUAGUAAAUUCUCUAACAAAAACCUUUUAAUAAAAGGUACAGUUUUGUAAAUGUAACUUGAUAAUGUUAAUAAAACUAGACAAAAUUU